AGUCAGAGCAACGAGAAGUCUUAUUACUAGGUGACCGGAGCAUUACCGCGGUGCCACUGUAUUACGGAUAUCAGCUAUGACUCUGGAGGAGAUCCGAGGACAAGAAAGCACUGUUGCAUCCAAUGAAAGAAUGAAGUGUGUAGGAAGUGCCUUGGAGGAGCUUCUUGUGUCUGCAAAGAAGCAGGACUGUCUGACAGUUGGAGUGUAUGAGUCUGCGAAAGUCAUGAAUGUUGACCCUGACAGUGUGGUGUUCUGCAUCCUGGCUACUGAUGAGGAGUACGAGUGUGACAUUGCCCUGCAGAUCCACUUCACCCUCAUCCAGGCCUUCUGCUUCGACAAUGACAUCAACGUGGUCCGCGUGAGCGAUGUCCAGCGCCUGGCUGACAUAGUGGGUGCUGACGAGUCGGGCGAGCCCAGAGACACCCAUUGCAUCCUGGUCACGAGUCCAAAUGCAGACGAGCUCAAGGAUCCAGCUCUGGAGAAGCUGGCCUUGUUCUGUGAGGAGAGCCGCAGUGGAUAUGAAUGGGUACCUGCAAUCACGCUGCCUGAGCGCUGAACCCUGGUACUUUGGGUGCCUCUGACCGAGGCGAAGUGGAUUCUUAACCUCUGGGUUUCAACGUCAUCGCUCAGGAAAGGCUGGAUGACUGACCCUACGAAUCCCCCCCCUCCCCCCCCCCUCUGGCAACUUCUGGAAAUCUCUGGAUUAUCCUGUGGGAGAGAUGAGAUGAAGGUGGACUGAGCUGUUGGGAGCUGGAAAGUUCUUGAAAGUGAUGAAGUGCAGAGGAUGGGGAUGGACAAAGUGACAGUUCAACUCGUGCAGACCCCUGGUGCGGUUCAUGAAGUUGGAAGGGUGGGUCUGACUGGGGGACACAACAAAGCUGGAGAUCAACUCUUGAAACUGGAUUUUGAAAAGCAGAAUAUUUUUGCGUGAAAGAUUUAGACACUGACACUCACGAGAGUGUUAAAAGAAGGUGAACAAAUCGAAAAGACUGAACUUUGAUGCUAAUGAUAUGCAUUGUGUGGGUGGGGGGAGAAGUGUGGUUUUUUUUUUUUUUUUUGACAUGGAACAUCAGCAUUUGCAGUCUUUGCAGCAGUGAUGUACUGUCCCUGGAGCACUGAGUAGGCCUGGCGAUCAAGUCACUGUAUGUUACGAGCUCAGCGCUUCGAUGAACGAAGGAGCCGACGUACAUCAUCGUAUCAGUUUGUUUCACAGCUGUAGCCUGAUGUGAUUUGUGUCCUUUGCAAUAAAUAUAUGAAAUAAUAUUUGAA